CCCGUGUGGGUGAAGACGGGGAACUCGUUCUGCGGGCCGACGCUGCUGCCGCCAUAGCUCGAGCCGGCGGAGCGGUGCGGGCGGUGUCGACGGAUGGUCGACGUGCGCGACGAGUGCGAGGCGGCCGAGGGCGGGCGGCGGAUGGCGAGCGAUGAGGCGCGCUCGGCGCUGGCGCUGCUCCCGGCCUGGGAGUCUGGGUAGGAGACCAUGCGAGUGUGCGGUGUCGGAUGUCAAGCACUGCCUGCUGCCUGCUGCCUGCUGGCUGCUAUCUGCGGCCUUGGGAAUGCUGUCGUCUGUCGAGCUGUGGCGCGCUGCGGCCUUGGGAAUGCUGUCGUUUGUCGAGCUGUGGCGCGCUGCGGCACUGGGAAUGCUGUCGUCUGUCGAGUCGUCGCCCGCGGCGGCACUGGGACUGCUCCCAAACGAGAGGCUGGAGGCUGUCACACGCGGACAGCAAGGAGGGGCGCGUCGAAAGCGGGUGGCUGCGCAGAGGCGUCCCGAGGUGCGGCUCGAGGCUGGCGAGGGAUCAAGGAUCUAUGUUGGCGACGGUCUGACGCGAACCCCACCGCGACGCUCUGGCCGGGACACAGAGACCACCAGGUGCGCGCGCACGACGACGAGACGGGUGUUUUCUGCGGAGAGGGCGAGCAGGCGCAGGGUUUCAGCGCAUCUGCGACAGCCCGCGAGACUGGCGUUGGUCGGUGUGGCGUCACCCGCUCUGCGCGACGCAUGCAGCGCAACGGAGCGAGCACAGCCAAUCGCGGGAGCAUGCCAGCCACGGCUUGAAUCAGCCCCAGACGCGAGCGCACACCCGCCCCACGCAACUGGACGACAGGACACCACACGCAGGACAGGGUCAGAGCUGUGG